AUGACCGGCCAAGACCACGCCCACGUCGACUCCGACAACAUCCGCCGCUCCGACUGCAACCGGUGCAGUGACAUGGAUCACUUGGUGAAACUCCUCCUGUCCCUCGACGAACUGAUCGAAGCCCGCAUCUCGUGUCCGCUCACCAUCGAGACGGCCAUCCGCCUCACUACCGAGGCCGAGAAAGAGCUCCAAAGCAUUUUGGAAUACUCCAACGAACGCUCUGACACAUACCCGACUCUCCUUAGAGAGUUCAAGCAGUGCCUCCGCGACGAAAACAAGUACUGGAACCUCAUCGCCAGUUUCCGGAAGGCCCUCCGCGCACAUUACUCCUGCCAGUACAAGGACCAGCCCCUUCGCGAUGUCAAGAGAGCUUUUCACGUGUUAUAUCGGUACGACGAUCGCUUCAAGCGAAGAAACGUAGACCAUCAGGUACAGCACACCUGGGACGACCUCGUCGAGCAGAUGGACAAAGAGGACAUCGAGACCAGCGAAGCCCCGGCCCGCUUCUGGGCGGAGGAGCACAAGGUCCUCAAGUCGCUGCCGGCGACGCCGUACACCGACAUAGUCAACCGCAUCGGCGAGCUGUGCUGCGAAAGGGGCGACGGACGGGAGUGGGACGCCUGUCUUGUCAUCAUACGGGAGUGGCUCACCACCAAAGGCGGGGAGGUCUCAAGUGUCGAUUCGAUGCGGAAUUCCGUGGAAUGUAUGAUGCGUUGGACCGAGAACGAUAUCAUUCAACUCGAGUCUCGGUUCAAUAGCCCCGGAGAGGAAGAUGAGAGGAACCUUUGGACAGAUUUUAUAUACCGAAAGCGGCAGCUGCUCGGUCGGCAAUUCGAAGACCAGAUACGGGCGGCAGCUGACGGAGAUGCGGAGGACACUCUGAUUCUCUGA